GUCGCUGCAGUCGCUUAAAUCUCGCAAUCUGCGUUGAAGUGCGAGAAGAGUUUCGCGAGAGAGAAAAAAAACCUGCACAAAGUUCCGAUCGAUCUAUCGACAGCAAAGCGGACUACGAGAGAAACACAGUGAGACUCGAUGUCGGUAAACAAAUCAAGAGGACAUCAAUAACACCUCAAACCUUUGUGUCUUUCUCCAGAGGUUGCUUGUCACAUAAGACGCAUUAGUGAAAAUGGAGGGCACUCCUGAGGAACCUCCUGACGAAUCCAAAGUUGAGGACUGGACAACUGCCUCAUCAUCCCACCUGGAACAAGUUGAGUUUGUGGAAGGCGGCGAACAGUUUACUUCUUUUCCGGAGCAGCCAACUGGAGACUUUGAUCACGAAGUAAGCCCCCUGGACCCGAAUAUGAGUUCAGUGGCGUGCUACUCGCCAGUCUAUCCCAAGACAAUGCAGUUUUAUCCUCAAACAUCAGACAUAUGUGUCUCUUCGUCCACUGGUUCUGUUGACGAACAACAAGCGAUGGUAUUUCUGGAUGAAAAAAAGAUUGUUAUGGAUGCCAAGGUUGAUUCGUCAGGCGACGAAGAAUUGCAAGAUGUGCAAAGGUUGAUUGCCAGUGCAGCUCAGUCUUACUUGGCUAACGGAGGUAUAGCUCUAGAGCAACUUCUCAGUGCCCUCCGAAACCGCUCUGAUCGAAACGUGGACGACAAGGAAAAAAGCUUGGAACUUAUCAUGGAGGAAGAGCUGAUCAAAGAAAUGGCAGAGGAAGUAGAUAAACAACAAGAAUGGUCGGAGAAGGAGGAACACAAAGUCAUAAGUGAUAAGCCAGUCCCUUCAAGGGCAUGGGCCAGCCUCCCAAAUUCAUUUCUGUCUAUUGGUAAAUUAAGCAAGGCCCCAGGCUUUGGCAUCUUCGCCCGCAAGAGCAUCCCAAAGAAGACACAGUUUGGUCCGUUGGAAGGAGCAUUAGUUCAAAGAGAUGAUGCAAAUGUUAUGUACCAGGGCUUGGAGUUGAGCGUGGAAUUGGAAAAUGGGUUGUUUGCCUACUUUGACACCUCAAAUGAAAAUUUAUCAAAUUGGAUGAGGUUUGUUCGCCCUGCCAAGAUCUACGAAGAAAUGAAUGUUGUAGUUGUGCAAAUUAAGGACACCCUCUGUUUUAUCACCACCCAAGUUAUCCAACCUAAGCAAGAGUUACUUGUUGGAUACAGUGAGCAAUACGCGUCCGCCCGACAGCUCUCUGUUCUUCACCCUACAAAUGUUGUUGAAGAUAAUGCUGAAAAUGCGUGCUACCACUGUGACAAACUAUUUACCUCGUCGGAACGCUUGAAGGAACAUAUGAUCCACCACCAAGAGAAAGGCGCUGCUGUGAAAAGAAAGGUUCUAUCGCAUUUGCCUAUCAAAAAGUGCAAAUCUGAUGAUAAUUCUUCCGGAGAAGAAACUACAGAAUUUAGGUGCAAUACUUGCUCUCGAAAUUUUCCAAGGAGUUACAGUUUGAAAAGGCACUUGCUUCUUCAUUCACCCGAUAAAAAUAGUAAGAAAAUUUUAAGAGAAAAGUCCGAGCGUUCUGUGCUUAAGCAGAAAAACCAAAGCAAAGACAAUUUGUGGACAUGCAGUUACUGUCAGCUAUCAUUUGAGACUGCUUCGAUGUUAAAUCUGCACACACUGGCCCAUGCUGCUGAAAAUGUGGAAGAGCAAGAAGCAGCCGAAGUGGAAAAGCAAAAAUGUCCUCAGUGCUGUCAGCAGUAUGGAACCAAAAGAGAACUUGUCGAACACAUAGCAGCGCAUGGAAAGAACGUUUUACGUCGAAGGACGGUCAAUCCCGAGAAGCCGCACAAGUGCGAGUUAUGCUAUAAAUCAUUUGCCACCGAUGAUCGUUUGCAGAAACACAUGCUUGUUCAUGGUGCGGAGGAAACAAAACCUCUGCAGUGUGAGGUCUGUUUCAAAAGGUUCCUCAACAAUUCUGCCUUGGCUUGUCAUGUCAAGGUUCACACAGAGGAGAAGAAAAUGUUUGAGUGCCCUAUUUGCAGGGCAGUGUUUGAGCAGGUUAUUGCCUUGAAAGAACAUGUGCACACGCACUGCUCAAAUGGCAUGUACACAUGCCCUCAUUGCUCAAAGACGUUUGACGAGUACAAUCAAAUACGGAAGCACAUCCGCGCCUUCCACAGUGAGAAACGAUUUCCUUGUUGUCUCUGCGACAAAGUGUUUCCCAGACCAGAUAAACUCAAACUACACAUGCUCAGACAUUCAGACCACCGGGAAUUUUUAUGCGCUAAUUGCGGCAAGCAAUUUAAAAGAAAGGACAAGUUGAAAGAGCACAUGAAGCGCAUGCAUUCUUCUGAGAGGGAGGCUAAACAACAGCAAAAACCUAAUCGACAAUCAAUCAGCCGGAAGUUUAUCCCUAAGGUUUCGCCAACCGAUUAUCAACGAUUCUUGUACAAGUGCCAUCAAUGCAUGCUGGGAUUCAAAAGAAGGGGAAUGUUAGUAAACCAUCUUGCUAAGCGACACCCAAGCAUCAGCCCAGAUUCGGUCCCGGAACUGAACUUGCCUAUAUUGAAAACGACGAGAGACUAUUUUUGCCAGUAUUGUGAAAAGGUUUACAAGAGCAGUUCAAAGCGCAAGGCGCACAUAUUGAAAAAUCAUCCGGGAUCCGAACUGCCAAUGAGCAACCGCCGCAAGGGUGGAGUGCCUGAAAUUCCUGGUGUGCCCAACCCAACCUACUCACAAACCGUCGGCAGUGUGACAACUCUUCCGCAUGGCUGCACAUGGUGCCAUAAGCAAUAUGCUUCAAAGGCCAAAUUGCUGCAACAUCAGCGCAAGAAACACACAGAUCUUGUUGUAUCAAAAGAACAUGCACAGAAUAUGCCACUAAGCAACACAGCUAGCUCGGAGAGUUCGUCGGAUUCAGAUCCUAAACCAACCAGCAAGUUCUUAAUGAGUGGUGAGAGCCUUGAUGUGAUACAAAUUCAAGAGGAUUCAGGAAACCUUAUCUCAGCCGUGAAUCUACUCCCAACAAAUGCUCGAAUUGAGUAUCAAGUUGGCAUUGAGGAUGAGACAAUGCCAGAGGGCAGAAUCUACAUUGACGCUUCUGUAUUGAAACAGCCUUUGAAGGCUGCUGGCACGGACAUGCUGUCUCAAGCUCUCCUCUCGUCAGACCUGAGUUUGUCUGAUGAGUACGUCAAGGUGUACCAUGCAGGAAAUGUAGUGGUGGCAAACGGAGUGGCCGACGAAGAGCGUCUGGUGGCUGUAACAACUGCCCAAAUUGAAACAUCGCAGCUAAGGCAACUGCUGCAGCUUGGAGGCGGCGAAAGUGGUCGAGAGUGGACCGCUUACCCAGCGCGCUGACCGUCCUGCUCCGUCCUUUCUGAGCGUAAAUUUGGUGCCCCUAAUUCCCACUGAUGGGGCUUUUGUCUGGCAAUAAGAUUCGGUAUGAUUCCGAAGAGGCCAGGUUGUUGCUACCGUGAUGGUAGUUAUGCCUACGAUUGAAAACGUAGGUAAUUUUGGAAUCGGUUGUUUGGAUCAGCAUUAUGCCGUUUUUUGUUGAUCAGAAAGCUUUAAAAUGGAGACCAUGUCCCGGGACCCUGAAUUGACAACAGCAUUGACCUGUGGAAUUUGAACGAAAAUUUUAUGUUCUUGACAAUUUUGUUGUUUUUUUUUAAUUAUUUGGUUAUUAGUAGGGAAGGGUCCAUAUUGCUGGAAGAGACAUAAAUAUACCAGGGCUCAUUUGUGACUAUAUUUUGUAAAUUUAAUGUCAUUUUCUGCAACUAUUGAGCACCUUUUGCUAGACUGACCCCCUAGCUAAAAUAUUGGGUGUCUUUUAGCAUUUCAUUUCAUUACAACAAAGUUGCACAAUUAAUGUUCCCCCCCCCCCCCCCACACACACACACAGAGGAGCCUUAAUCUGUGAAAUUUAAUACCUUUGUGCAGCAAAACCAAACUUGUACUUCUUGAAAGCAUUUUAAAGUUUGUGUUGAUUAGAUCUCGUAUCUACAAUAACUAUAUUUAUUAUUUCCAUAUUCUGAAACAAUUCAACAAUUUAGAAAACAAGUUUUGCCUUUUAAGGUUAUGUUAAUAUAAUUAUACUUGUCUUGUCUGCAAUUUGCAAAAUAAUUUUGAAAGGCCUUCUCACUAAUGAAAGCUCAAAUUCAAAUUGCCUUUACAUAAAUUUAUUUUUCCAGAGAAAUUAGAACAUCAAUUUUGCACAAGUGUUUUAUGAGGCAUUGAGAGUAAUUCGAGUGAGAAUACCUUACUAAAACAUACACAUGAAAAGAUGUGACCUAUGAUGUGCAAUAUAUGUUAGCAUAAAAUCUUAGGCUAAUUUUGGUCUCUUUAUAAUCUUUUAACAGCUCUGCAUUUAUAAAUCUUUAAAAUCCAGUUUUAAACCGAUUGGAAAAUGUUGUUGUCAGUUGCGGGCCCCAGUUCAAGGCCCUACAAGCCAAUUUGUGAUAGUUGUUGGCGGAUAAUAACCGCUCAAAUGUCCACUCCCUUCGGGGGCUUGUGCCUCGUUGUUUGCCCCAAUGUUGGUGGCUCCCCAAAGUUUCCCCUUGUCUGGUCUGACCGUUGUUCCUAGCACAUUGUUAGGCCAGCCCAUUGUUGCUUUGUAAGUGAGAAUGCGCUUGGUGCUGGAAAAGGACCCAAAAUUGGAGUGGAUUGCGUUCCAUGAUAGAAUGUAUAAUUUGGCGGAAUCAGUUGUCGGGCCCACCGCAAGUUUUGGUCUGCAGCGCAUCUCUCACUUCAGUAUUUUGGAUGGUCUGUGUUAGAUUUAAUCGUUUAACGAAUUAACGAAAAACAUAAUAAAAUCUUGGCUAAUUGUGUGUCCAGACUAGAUGAA